CUAAAAUUCCAAACCUCCGAAAAAUCAAAGGUAAAAAAAAAAAAAAAGACGAAGAGAUCUCAGAAUACAUAUCGCUGUUUUGAUGCUGCGCCUCUCCUUUUUUGUCUGCUUCCAUUUUGCUUUCAAUGCUCUGUCCCCAUGUUUAUAUGUAUAUAUGUUGGACUGUGUAAUAUACCAUCACAUACAGAUUGAAUUAAUUUUGGAAUUUUUUGCUGUUUUGUCAUUGGUUUCUGAUCGAUACUUUUUUCUCGUUUCUGAUUCUGCAAAUUCUGUAUUUCUCUUUUGUGUUUUUUCGGUGUGUGUGUGUGUGUGGGGUUUGCAAUUUGCAUUAACUCCGAACGGAAAGGAGAGUCGCGUUUGGGAAAAUUAUUCGGCUGUGGGGCUCUUUUCCCGGUGCGAUUUUUAAAGCGGUGUCGGGAAACUUUCCUUUAUUGAUGCUUCAAAUUUUUCCAUGGGCUUUCAUCCAAUAGCCGCUCUUCUUCGAUCCUUCCUUCUUUCUCUCUCUACUCUAUAUAAAGUGAAAAUUAAACCAUACUCGUGACUACUGUUUUUUCAAAGUCAAAACCCUAGCCUCCUCCUUCCCCUCUUUUUCUAGAUUUGUUCGUGAAAUCAGAGCUGUCAAGUCAUAUCAAAGCUUUCUCUCUCUCUACGGUUUCUCAGUCAAAAAACAAAUCAAAGGAUAUAUUGCAAAAGCUGAGCUAUAUCUUCAGUUCAUACAGUUGGCGGUGAUUAGUGAUUUGCUAGCUUUAGCACGUAGCUCUGAGUCGACUCAGUAGCACUCGGUUGCGUUUUCCUUCUCGAGCCGACUCGGUGGAAAGUUAAAAGCUCCGAAUCAAGGAUUUUCAGUUUCGGAGGCGCCGAUUAAGAAGAGGAAUGAAUCGCGAAGCUUCUUCAUCGUCGUCAUCAUUUAGCCGGCGGAGAUUUGCUUCACUUACGGCGGUGUUAGCGGCGGCGUUUUUGCUGCUAAUCGUUGGAAUCUAUACAGAUGACGGUUUAAUGGAGAUUAAUCCAAGUUUAUCCCACAAGAGGAGCUCAGUAACUGCCCAGAAUAAUACCCUCUCUCUAACCCAUCGGAAGCUGCUUAACACUGAAGCAAGCAAAGAAGAAGUGGGUGUGGAGCCAAACAGAAUAUGGAGUGACAGGUGUUCAAAAUCUGACAUACUGAUAAGCCAGGGCCCCACCGCGCCGCUGCCGAACGGUAUCCCGACUUACACGGUGGAGAUUAUGAACGUCUGCGUCUCCGGCUGCGAUAUCUCAGCCAUCCACCUCAGCUGCGGCUGGUUCAGCUCGGCUCGGCUGGUCAACCCACGGGUCUUCAAACGUGUGCACUUUGACGACUGCCUGGUCAACGACGGGAAGCCGCUGGUCAACGGCAAGACGCUAUCGUUCCAGUACGCCAACACCUACCGUUACCCACUCAUCGUCUCCUCCGUUACCUGCUGACGACAAAUUAUAUAUAUAUAUAGACGGCACACGCUAAUUCCACUACAUACUAAUUAACACUAGUUUUUUUUCUAUAUAUAUAUAUAUGUAUACGCAGAGUUGGGGGAGAAGAGGGCAAAAUGGGAAUUUUGAUUUUAUGGUGUGAUGAUGACAGAAGUUUGGAUUAUUACUCUUUUUGUGGAAAGAAAUGAAAGGGAAUUUGUAAAUGGAAUUUGACUAAUUGGAGAUGGAUAUUAGUUUGUUUUUUUGUCCUUAGUGGAAGAUGAGGGGAAAAUGAA